UAAACACACACACACACACACACGCAUUCAAACACCUGAAUAUAUCUAUUAUAUUUAUACGUUUGUUGCGAUCGCGUAAACUCUCCCUUUCGGCCCCACUCCCCCCGCCUCGUAUCACGACGUAAAGUGCCAAAUCGCGCGACGACCUCAACUACCAACCCCCCCGCCCUAAAACGACGACAUCGCCGCCGCCUUCAACUACAACAAAAUAAUCCUCAACUAUAACUUACUGCUGCUGCUUCUUCUUCAACUACUCCAUUAAUAAUUGGAUACAACAACAUUUGUGGAUAUAUAUAAAUAUAUAUAUACAAAUACAUUAUAUACAAUAAUACAUAAAUAUCAACACUAGAUCAACUCUCGAAUCAAAGUAAUAUAUAUAUAUAUAUAUAUAUGUGGAUAUAUAUAUGUAUAUAUGCAACAACUUUCUGGAUUGCUUUUGAAAAUCAAUAAAGCAAUCAGAAUUGAUUUUGUCCUGCAACCUGCAUCAGCGACUGCAAAAGGAUGAAGGCACAUAAAGCUGAUACCGUUCGCAGAAAUUACCGAAGACAUUGAGGAGAGGAGAGGAUUACAGAGAAAAAAAAAACCUUAGAGAGAUAGAGAGAAGUAAAAGACACUUACACGUAGCAAAGAGUAAGUGGAGAAGCGAGUGAGAGUGAGAGAGAGAGAGCGAGCGAAAGAUAGAGAAGCAGCUGGAGCUGGGAUUGGGUUUUUUUUUUUUCUGUCGGUGUAUUACACCCAGAAACCCAGAAACCUAAACCAGCCAGGUGAAGGAGAAGAAAGGGCGAAAGAAUUGGUCACAACAACGCUACAUGGAUCGCAGAAAUGGCGGCGAUCCCUUGGCGCCACCCCGGCCCCCUAAGCUAUUACCGCGCGUGCAUCGACCAAGGGCGCCGGAGCCGACGUUAAGUGGGGAGCAACAGCAACAGCAACUAGCACAGAUACAGAUUAACAAUAAUCCGCAACAACAACAACAACAGCAGCAGCAGCAGCAGCAACAACAACAGCAACUUAGUAUUACCAACACGACACCAGCAGCAGCAACAGCCGCAACGACGACGACGACGACGGCGAAUAAUAAUACGAUAUCAAUCAUACCCGCAUCGGCCGAUUUUGACGAUUAUCAAAUCCAUCAUUUGACAUUUCUGCCUCAGCGACCAAGCAGUUUGAGUCGCAAUAGCAGUAACGCUUCCUCAUCGACAGCCACGGCGAAUAGUAGUUCAGCUGGUUCUGGUAUUGGUGGUAUCGGUGGCAUUGGUUCUGGAACGGGAUCAAGUUUUACACGUCGCCGACCGCCAGCGCCGACACCAUUGUUGGAUAAUCAUCAUCAAAGCAGCAUAAAUAAUAAUAAUAUAAACAACAACUUCCUUAGUCAUUUCCAAAGCGCUGAUCCAGUGUCAACACUGGGACAGCCGCCCGCCUCACCAGUCACACUGGCUCAACCGCGACCCGAAUCCGAAAGGCUAACCAAUGAGUAUGUGGACACGCCGCUACAACAUGCGACGCGUUCCCAGCACCCGGCCGGCCAGCAGGAUAAUGGUCAAACAACGACGCAUCAUCUAUUGCUCCUGCCACAGCGACAACAGCAUCAGCAUCAGCAUCAGCACCAGCAUCAACACCAGCAUCAGCACCAGCAUCAACACCAACACCAACAUCAUCAUCAUCAAUCCACGCAAUCCCAUGUCCGACUGGCAACGACGACCACGACGGCAACGUCAGCAGCAGCUGCUGGAACGACGCUGGCGACGACGCCGACGCUUGGUCAGGAUCAUACCGAUGGCUUAUUACAUUCGCACACCCAUACGCCUCAUCUAAAUGGUCAUGGCAAAGCCUCAACAACACCUGCCUCAAAGCUACCACCGGCUCCACCAAGAACUAUUGCCCAUGGAGGUGGAGGUGGAGGCAUAAGCGGAUUAGGUUUGGGUUUGGGUUUAGUUACAACAACAACAACAACAUCACAACCCAUCACACAACCCAUUACCAAACAACCCACACCCGCCUCGCAGAUAAGCAAAGAGCAUAUGCAUGCUCUGGAGGAGCUACUGCAACAGCCAUUGGCAGGCAGUCAGCUGGGUCAACUAGGUGGCGGAGGCAUCGGCGGCGGCGGCGGCUUAGGCGGCAUUAGUGGACCCAUUGUCUUGGGUGGCGAUCCCUCGCUCCUGAAUCCGAUUGUAUGUCCACGCUGCGGACGCUGUCGCUGCGAGCAGUGCCAAAGUCCUCGGCCCCUACCCCAGACCUGGGUAUGCAACAAGACCUGUCUCUGCAGUGCCGAAUCCAUUAUCGACUACGCCUCGUGUCUGUGCUGUGCCAAGGCUUUGUUCUAUCACUGUGCCCGGGACAAUGACAUGGACUGCGACGAUGGCACCGGCACACCGUGUGUGGACAAUCCCUGCUCGUGCGGUCCCUACAAGCGGACACAGCGCUGGGGCUGGCUGGGCGCCUUGUCCAUUGUGUUGCCCUGCCUGUGGUUCUAUUGGCCGAUGCGGGGAUGCAUGAAACUCUGCGAGAAAUGCUACGGCCGAUUCGCUGGACGAGGUUGCCGCUGCCAGAGCGGUGCCGGUGGCAUUGGUUCCACCAGCAGCAUGCUCCCCAUUGUCCCGCUAGGCGUCAAUGGGGCCAAUGGGGCAACGGUCAUCAAUGGUGCCAUUAGUGGCAUCAAUGGCAGCCAGAAUGGUGGAGGCGUCACCCUUAGUCAGAGCAAUGGCAAGGCCAUGGAUCAUGGCUGCAGUGCGGCCAGCCGUAUCCUACGCAAAGGUGAUCUGACUCCCGAGAAGCGACUCCUAGACUCCAGUCCGGAUUAUUAAGCAAAAAUCAAUCGA